GAUACCCGAGGCUUGAUGGCGCUGCGGCCAAAGGGCAGGUUUGGCUUUCGGCGGACUUUGGAAUAUCUUGAGAGCGGGAGAGUUUAUUUAAAAGACAACGUGAAGACAAUUUCUGUUCAUUAUAAAACUCACGGGGUUGGACAUCGUGGACUACAGCGUUUCUGGCAUGAACACAUACCCCAGAUACAGUACAAGAACCCUGAUGUCCAGAUAUUCAGUGAGAAGAACAUUGGAGAAUUGCCGAUUGUCAGAAUAUACUUUGGUGACGGUCGGAAGACAAAAUUGGAUGUGGAAGGUAAAUCUAGUGAUACAAUAUUAGAAGACUUGAAAGCAAUAGCCGCACAGACAGGAUCGAACGCUGGGAAAGAAGCAAAACCACAUCCGGCAGACUUUGGACAAAUAGGCAGGAAGUGCAUUUGUGAGAUUCCUGGACAGGUUCCUUGUCCAGCGAAGGUGCCUUUACAAAACGUGUCUCACUCUUGGCACAACAAGGGCUCGUCUAGUUAGCAUGUGUCGUUGCAACUGUCACUGUGCAAUAUAGAUGAUUGAUAUAAAUAGCAGUGUUGUAUGGUAUGGUUAAUUAGUUAAUCAAGGAAAAAGCUAGUUUAUUCCAAUUUGUGGAGUGCUUUCUGGUUGAUAUCUAUUUGUUAGUUGUUGGUAAUUUGAUGAUGUUUUACAGGGUGUUUGUUGUAUUGAGUUU